AUGGACGCGCCCUGCCGCCCGCGCCCGCCGCGGCAGCCGAAGACCGCGGCGGAGAACUGCGCCAUCUCCGUCAAGGGCGUCGGAGACAAGUGCGCCAAGGAGGGCAAGUGGCCGGACGCUCGGGACGAGUACGCCAAGGCGAUAAGCCUCGUGCUCGAUGGCUCCGCGCCCACCGAAGGAUGGGCGUGGGACCUGCUCCCGAGGCUGCUGUGCAACCGGGCCAUCGCGCUUUACAAGUGCGGCGUGCAGUUCGACAUGGCCUGCGUCGACGCCAUGCGCGCCGCGGACGCGCUCAAAGUGCACCUCCACAGCGACGCGCAGCCCGGCGGCGCGGGAUCCAAACGCGCGGAGCAGCUCAAGCUCCUGACCAAGGCGAGAUUCUGGGAGGCUCGCGCGCUGACGCGACUGGACCCCCCGCGGCUCACCGACGCGUGCGACGCCCUCCGCAAGGCGCUGGCCACAUGUCACAAGCGCGGCGACGACGGCAAGUCCGACGCGCGCGCCGCACAGAUCGAGCUCCGCGACGUCGCCAGCAAGCUCCCCCUCGGCUUCGUGUGCGAGCACUGGGCCGACGCCGUCGCCCAAGCCGAGUCCCCGUCGCCCUUCGCCACGUCCCAACGCGAGGGCCGCCUGUUAAAGCCCGUCAGACCCGACGCGUGCCGCAUGUCCAAGGUGGAACUCACCGCCGUGCUGGAAGAGUGCGCGGUGGGGCAGGAGAACGAGUGGAGGGACGAGAUGGUCGCCGCGUGGGUCUCCGCAUCCGCCGCCGCCGGCGUCGACGGCGACCGUCUCGGCGGGUCUCAAAGUUCCGCCAUUGGCGGACUCGGCGGUCGCAGAGCCAAGUUCUUCCUCCACUCCGUCCGCGCCAGGGCGUACAUGCGACGCGGCAGGCACGAGCAGGCGCUGCGUGACUCCCGCGCCGCGCUGUCGUACGUUCCGAGCUCGAGCGAAUGGGAACUCUUCGACGCCGACGCCGCGACGCCGCUUCGAUCGCUCGACCCGGCCGACGCGCACGUGCCCGUGCCCAUCACCGAGACGGCGAGGAGGGCGGCGGGGGCGAGGGCGAUGCACGCCGCCGCGCUCGAGGCGGCUGGCGCGGUGGUCAACGCGGGCGAGCUGGACGUGUACCACCCCGAGUUCAACCCGUGCGCGCUCGACGGCGACGUCGAUCCGGAUGCGCCCGUCGAACCCGGCACUGACCCAAACGCUCUCCCUAAAAAGUCGUACGACGACGUGACCAAAUCCGCGUGGAAGAACAGCACCACCACGAUGGGCGAGGGUGGGGUUGACGUGGACGCGCGAAAGACCAACGCCGACCGCCUUCACGCCAAGCGAACGCACCUCACCACUCGCGGCGUCGGCCGCGUCGUGCUGUGCGCCGCGGGCGAGGGAGGGCGGACUGAGGAUCUCGUGGUGGAUUCGGGCGUGGCGGCGGCGGUGGAGUGGCGCCGAGCGUGCGCGCUGGACCCGAACCGCCGCGACUACUCCGCGCGGUGCGUCGCCGCCGCGGAGCGCCACCUCCCGACGAAGCCGCGGUCCGUGUUGCUCGACGAGGGUGCCGGCGCCGCGGUGGAGUGGUUGGAGAAGGAGAAGUGGGCCAACGCUCCCGAGUACGUCAGGCCGCGGUCCAAGUACUACUACUUCUACGAGUGGAUGCGCGAGAGGAUCACCGACCACUUCCCCGCGCUCCCCGAGCCCAUCAUGGACAAGCUCCUCGCCAUGGACGCGGGCGAGCUCGACCUGCUUCUCCGGUACCCCAAGGCUAUUCGCGGGCAGGUGGAGGAGUACCUCGACGUGUACCGGCGCGAGGGGGGCAAGUACCUGGAGACGUACCGAACCCCUCAGCUGUCCUGGGAGGAGGUCAAGGCGCUCAAAGGGCGGGACACCAUCGGCCUGGGGCCCCAGAACGAAUCGGGUCUCAUGGGCAUGGGCGUCGGCGGCGGCGGUUUCGACUCGUGCGGCAACAGGAUCGGCCCUAAGAAGCCGAUGCUGCUGGAGGACGCCGAGGACGUGUCCGACGACGAGCACACCACGGACAGGGCCAUGCUCGGCGCCGCGGGCGACGAGGGCCUCACCGAGGAGGAGGCCGCGGGCUUGGUCAUGAACAACAGCGCGACGUCCAAGCGACGCGACCGCAGGCUCGCCAAGUACCCCAACCUCCCGCCGGACGCGCAAAGGGACGCGGUGCACAGGCGCGAGGCGAGGGCGGCUGGCGACUCCAAGUUUCUCGUCGGCAACGACCGCGCCACUAAGGGUCUUCCCCAGCGCGAGAUCGACCCGGACACGUCGCGGAGGGUGGCGGCAAUCCUCGGGAAGGACGCCUCGCCGUCGACGCCCGCCAUCGGGAAUGCGCCGAAGAAGAUCGAGGUGCGGGACAUGGACGAGAUGGACUGA